AUGAUUGAGUGGACUAUAAAAGGUGUCAAUACAUCGUCCACAAGUGGAGGACCAAUCUGUCGUAAUUUUAUGUCAGAUUCUUGGAGGCUGAGAGAAUCAUUUUUAGCUGUAUGUUUAGCUGCUUUUCUAGUCGGUUGGGGAUAUGAUAAUUUAACCUUUCCUAAAGUUAACAUUCAUCCAUAUAAAUACCAAGCUGGAAAAAUUAUACUGUUGGUAAUUUUUUCAAUCGCAUUCGGUAUAGAAAUUGGCUUUAAAUUUGCUACACAAACUGUGAUUUAUUUGUUGAAUCCUUGUCACAUUAUGACUGUGCUGCAGUUGUAUUUGCUAUCAGUUGCUCCAAGUAAUAAAGUCACUGCAGUUUUUCGCCUGCAUCUUAGUCUUUUAAAUGGACCUAUUCUUGCAUUUCUUUUCCCUGAAACAAAUAAUAGAAAGCUACCAUUUGAAAAAUGCAUUUAUUGGAUUCAACACAUACUUUUAAUUAUAGUUCCAAUUUAUCUCUUAAAACAAGGAGGUGUUUAUAAUGUGGAACCAGUUCGAGACAUGUCGUGGAUUAUUUUCUCGUAUGGUUUAAACAUGUUAUACCAUUAUAUAUUUCUUCAAAUAUUGGCGCUAGUGAUAAAUUUAAAUCACAUGCUCUGCCCUGCUGAAAAGGAUCCUUUUUCUGGACCAUAUUAUCGAGUUUUGGCCAUUUUUCAUCAAGGUCUACUUUGUCCUUUGGUAUACAAAUUAGCAUGUUAUUAUUUUGCGGCGUCGAUUAAUAAAGAAGAUAUUGAACUCAUUAAUAAAAAAAGUAUUGUAGAAAAGAUGAAAAAAAAACUUAUUAGUGAGAAUAAGACUGACAAAUUGGAUUGA